AAAUUCCCACAACAGCUACACGUUUAGCUUUACCUAAUGGCUUUGAUCAACCACUUGAUUUUAUACCACCCACCAUAAAUUCUUUGCUUUUAGAAAACAUCAAGUAUCAAUUAAAACCUGAUUCAAUUCCAAAAACAGUUAAACAUUUAUAUUUAAAAGGUAGUUUUGAUCAACCACUUGAUUUUAUACCACCCACCGUAGAAUUGUUGUAUUUGGAAAACAUCAAGUAUCAAUUAAAACCUGAUUCAAUUCCAACAACAGUUAAAUAUUUAACUUUACAAGAUGGUUUUGAUCAACCACUUGAUUUUAUACCACCCACCGUAGAAUGGUUGAAUUUGAAAAACAUCAAGUAUCAAUUAAAACCUGAUUCAAUUCCAAAAACAGUUACACAUUUAUAUUUACAAAAUGGUUUUGAUCAACCACUUGAUUUUAUACCACCCACCGUAGAAUUGUUGUAUUUGGAAAACAUCAAGUAUCAAUUAAAACCUGAUUCAAUUCCAAAAACAGUUAAACAUUUACAUUUAAAAGGUAGUUUUGAUCAACCACUUGAUUUUAUACCACCCACCGUAGAAUGGUUGUAUUUGGAAAACAUCAAGUAUCAAAUAAAACCUGAUUCAAUUCCAACAACAGUUACACAUUUAGCUUUACAAAAUGGUUUUGAUCAACCACUUGAUUUUAUACCACCCACCAUAGAUUGUUUGCAUUUAGAAAACAUCAAGUAUCAAUUAAAACCUGAUUCAAUUCCAAAAACAGUUAAACAUUUAUUUUUAGAAGGCAGUUUUGAUCAACCACUUGAUUUUAUACCACCCACCGUAGAAUGGUUGUAUUUGAAAAACACCAAGUAUCAAUUAAAACCUGAUUCAAUCCCAAAAACAGUUACACAUUUAUCUUUACUAGAUGGUUUUGAUCAACCACUUGAUUUUAUACCACCCACCAUUGAAAACUUGUAUUUAGAUAACAUUAAGUAUCAAUUAAUGCCUGGUUCAAUUCCAAACUAUUUUACUACUCUUAUAUUUGAUAAUGGUUUCUCUCAACGUUUUACAAAAGGUAUUAUCCCUGACUCUAUAACUAAUAUUUAUAUUGGUGAUGUGGUAUAUCCUUUAGAACCUCACUCCAUUUCAAACCCCGAUCAAACAAUUGAAUAUCUCUCUAACUACGAACAUCCAAAAAUAUAA